AUGAGAGAUGAAGAUGAUUAUGUGAGGUUUCUGGAUGCUGGAUAUAAAAAUAGGAGAAGAAUCAGUAUCUACAUUGAUCACGACGACGAGCCACUUAUGCACUGGAUUGAAGAAGAGAUAGCCGAAGAUGGAUUGUACAAUGAUAGUGAUCCAUGUUUUGAUUAUGUGGACUCGGCCAUGUUAGAUGAUAUAUCGGUAGACCAUGAAGCUGAUGAUGAGGGUUUGCUAGAAGUUAUUAAAGAAAGAGCACCAACAUGUGAGCAUAGGCAAUGUGCUAGACACAUCUAUGCUAACUUUAAGAAGAAAUACACAUGUGUUGAGUUUAGGAAGUUAUUAUGGAGAGCAAAGUCCACAACCGAGUAUUAUAUGAGGGAAAUCAAUACAAUGUCCACGCAUGCUUAUGAUCACCUAAUGGAAAGGGACCCAAAGACAUGGUGCAAGGCAUUUUUUGAGCUUGAUAGGUAUUGGGAUGUUACUCUAAGUGGUCCGCGAAUAUAUGAAGUGAAACAAUUGCAUGGGGUUUAUGCAAUUGACUUGGACCAAAGAACCUGUGGGUGUAGAGUAUGGCAACUGACUGAUAUACCAUGUGUACAUGGCAUUGCUGCAAUCUUGUUUUUCAAUGGGAAUGCAGAGGAGUAUGUGGCAGUUUGGUUCACAACGAAUAUGUUUGGAAGUUGCUAUAGGUAUAACAUGGAACCAACUAAUGGAGGUAACAUGUGGCCGGAAACAUGUAUUCAAAGCAUCUUGCCACCAUGCCCUGGAGACCAAAAGUGA